AUGCAUAUAUCAAAUAGAAAAACGAAGUUUGGAAACGAUCUAAACUUACCAACCAUACAUAAUAAAUCUACUCCAAAAAGAAAUGUCAGUUCAGGAUAAACUAAUUUAAAAGCAUAAUUUUCUAAAUGUUAACAAUGUGGUGAAGUAUCAGUUCCAGUUUGUUGUGUUGAUUGUUAUAUGCUAUUAUGCAUAAAUUGUGGAAUAAAUCAUUCUAAAUAAAAUUAAUCUCAUAAUAUAACUAAUUUUCGUGAAGCAUUCAGUUUACUAACAGAUGAAGUUAAAAUUUUAGAUGAUAAAAUUAAAAUUAUUAAUUAAAACAUUAAUAAAAAGAAUAACAAUCUGAAGAAUUAGAUUAAUUGUUAGUUAUUUGAAGAAAAUUUAUAAAAAAUACUAUCAUUAAGAAGAUAAGUUGAAUAAUAAAUUUCAAAUUUUUUUGAUAAAAUUUAUAAUUAAUAUAUCUAUAUGUGGAAUAAUUUUAUUGAAUUAUGGGGAUCAAAUAAAACAUUUCUAGAUAGAUUAAAUUCUUUCUAAUUGAAGAUUUUAUUAUUUUUAUAGAAUGAAUUAUAAGAUCAGUUAUCAUUAGUUGAAUCAUUAUUUAAAGAAAAAGUAAUCUAAUAAUCCAAAACAUUGUUAAAUUAAUAUGAAAAAAGAGAAUAAUUAAUAUCAAAAGAUGAAGUUUCUAUUAUAUAUCCUCCCAGAUUACUUAUAGAUUUAAAUUGUAUAACUAAAUAACAUUUAUAAUUAUCAUAAAUGGUAUAACUUAUAGAUUGGUAUGAAGAUGCUAAAGAAGAAUUAUAUAAAAUUAAAGGAAGUGAAUAUUAAAGUUUACCAUUAAUACCACCAUUUGCUAAAGUUAUGUAUUUAUAUGAUCCAGAAACAUAAGAAUAUUAAAUUGGAGAAUUUUAAGAUUUAAGACAUUAAUAAAUACCUUAAUUUUUGAAAACAAUAUUUUUAAAUGAUGGAACUACUUACAUAGUUGGUGGAGCUGAUUCUAAAGGAAAUCCAGUUAGAUCAAUGUUGAAAUGUAAAGAUGGAGAAUUAACUAAUUUAGCUCCAUUACCAAAAGCCAAAAAUCCAACAAAUGGAUUAAUAAUUUAUGAUAAAUUUAUAUAUGUUAUAGGAGGUUUAUAAGUUGUAGAUGAUAAAUUAUAAUGGAGUAAAACAUGUGCAAAAUAUUGUAUCCAAGAAAAUAAAUGGUAUAAUAUUGAGUCUAUGAAUUAUCCAAAGCCUAAUCAAUCAAUUUUUAGAAUUAAUAAUUUCAUAUAUGCUUUUGGAUUUCAAUAACAUGAAUUCAUUAAUUUUGAAAAAUAUGAUAUAGAUGAAGAAAAAUGGAGUCUAAUAACUUUAUCUUAAAUUUCAUUAAAUCCAUUUUUAUUUGGAGGUGGAUAUUCCUCUAUUUAAAUAAAUGAAUUUUAAGCAUUAUUAUUUGGAGGAAAAUAAUGGAGUAGAAAAUUUGUAGAUGAUGAAAAGGAAUUUUAUUUUGAUGAUGAAAUCAUUAAGACUGUUUUUUGUUAUGAUUCUAUUUAAAACUAAUUUAUUAGUUUAGGUGAUUGUUUACCUGGAACAGGAGUGUCAUAUGGUGAAUUCUAGCCUAUUUGUUAUAAGGACAAAAUAAUACAUUUUGAAGCACCUAUAUCUAAAUAAAGAAAAAUAAAUUAGUUGCUAUAAAUUAUUAAUGUAGUUUAAUUUUAAUUUGUAAAUCAAGUCUUAGAAACUGAAAUUAUAUAAAUUUUAACUCCAGAUUGA